AUGAUCCUAAGCGGCCUCGAAAUCAUCACCCGCAACCUAGUCCACAACCUCCGAAACAUCUCCCACCAACAACAACCUUGCGGCAUCGACCUAACCCUCCAUCAAAUCUCCACCUGGGCCUCGGCGGCCACGAUCGACUUCAACAACACCAAGCGCCAAGCAGCCAAAACAUCCACCCUACCAUUCACCGACAACAAAAUCACUUUACAGCCCGGCGCCUAUUUAAUCGAUUUCAACGAAACGGUUAGCAUUCCUCGGAAUUGCAUGGCGAGUGUGUUCCCACGAUCGUCGCUGUGGCGCUCCGGCGUGGGGAUCAGUGCUGGCGUGGUUGAUGCCGGGUAUGAAGGUGCCAUGGGAGCUUUGAUGGAAGUUAAGAAUCCGUGCGGGGUUGUUCUGUAUAAGGAUGCAAAACUUGCGCAAGUUGUUUUUGAAGAAAUGGGGGAGGAAGUUGAAGGGUAUAAAGGCGUUUACCAGGGUUCGAAAAGUAGUGUUGGACGGGAUGGUGUAGAAAAGGCGUAA